UGGCUCGGCCGCCGGGAGGUCUGCGAGCGUAUCCGCGGUGCAGAGCGGUUCUAUAGCAAGACGGAGGAGCCGGUGGCUGAAAUACCGUGCAGAAGCUGAGAGCAGAGUCGGAGCCGGAUCUGUCUGGUUUGGUAGCGAGGAGCUGCAAGCGGUGUACCGGUGCCGCGGCGGAGAUGUGCGCGGCGGGGAGGCGCCGGGGCCGGCGGCAGCGAGCUCUGCUCUGCGCCGUCCUGCUGGCGGCGUGGCAGGCGGCGUGGGGGCAGCUGCGCUACUCGGUGCCCGAGGAGAUGCCCAAGGGCUCCUUCGUGGGCGACGUGGCCAAGGACCUGGGGCUGCAGCUGCCGGAGAUCCGAGACCGCCGUAUUCAUAUCUUAGACAAAGGUAGGACGCAGUAUUUCGCUCUGCACGGGAAGACGGGACAUUUAGUGACGGCGGAGAGGAUCGACAGAGAACAGCUUUGCCGGCUGGUGGAGAAAUGCGUGCUGCGCUGUGAGCUGAUAGUGGAGGGACAGAUGCAGGUAUACCGAAUAGAAGUGGAAAUCACAGAUAUUAACGACAACGCGCCCAGCUUCAAGGAAACAGAGCUGGAAGAAAGAAUGGACGGCGGCGAUCCGGCACGGACGGGCACGGCUCGGAUCCGCGUGACGGUGCUGGACGCGAACGACAACGCGCCCGUGUUCAGCCAGGCCGAGUACACGGUGCGUGUGCCCGAGGACGUGCCCGUGGGCUCUGCACUUGUUUCUGUAACCGCCACCGACGCUGAUGAGGGGCUGUACGGACAGGUUAAAUACUCUUUGAAGAAAGUAUCCGACCUGGCAUCGAAUAUCUUCCAUCUGGACUCUGAGAGUGGAGCGAUCACUCUGUUGGAAAGCCUGGACUUCGAAGAAGGCAACUACUAUGAGCUGGAGGUGCAGGCAAGGGACGGAGGACAGCUUUUUGACACUACCAAAGUCACGAUCACCGUGACAGACAAAAACGAUAAUGCGCCGGAGAUUUCGGUGAGGUCUGCACUAAGUGAGAUCUCUGAGGACACCCCUUUGGGGACGACGGUCGCCCUACUGCAUGUGCAGGACCGGGACUCGGGGGCGAAUGGCGAGGUGCGCUGCUCGAUCGACGAGGGUAUCCCGUUCCGCCUAGAGAAGUCAUUCGAUAAUUACUACAGCGUGGUGACAGCGAGAGAGCUGGACCGGGAGCAGGUGUCGGAGUACAACGUGACGGUGCGGGCGGCCGACGGCGGGUCGCCGGCGCUGCAGAGCAGCGCGGUGCUGGCGCUGCGGGUGCUGGACGUGAACGACAACGCGCCGGUGUUCGCGGAGGAGCGCUACAGCGCGCGGCUGGCGGAGAACAACGCGGCGGGCGCGCUGGUGCUGACGGUGCGCGCCACGGACGCGGACUGGGGGCAGAACGCGCGCGUGCGCUACCGGCUGGCGGAGGGGCGGGUGCGGGGCGCGCCGCUGUCGUCGUACGUGUCGGUGCAGGCGGAGACGGGCGCGCUGUACGCGCUGCGCUCCUUCGACUACGAGCAGCUGCGCGAGCUGCAGCUGUGGGUGCGGGCGGAGGACGGCGGCGCGCCGGCGCUGAGCAGCAACGUGUCGGUGCGGCUGCUGAUCGUGGACGAGAACGACAACGCGCCGCAGGUGCUGUACCCGCCGCCGGGCGCGGCGGCGGGCUCGGGCGCGGCGUGGUCGGGCGUGGAGCUGGCGCCGCGCCGGUCGGAGGCCGGCGCGCUGGUGGCCAAGGUGGUGGCGGUGGACGCGGACGCGGGGCAGAACGCGUGGCUGUCCUACGAGCUGGCCAAGGCCACGGAGCCGGGGCUGUUCCGCGUGGGGCUGCACAGCGGCGAGGUGCGCACGGCGCGCUCGCCGCUGGCCCGCGACGCGGCGCGCCAGAGCCUGGUGGUGCUGGUCAAGGACCACGGGCGGCCGGCGCUCUCGGCCACGGCCACGCUCAGCGUGGUGCUGGCCGAGAGCGUGGCCGAGCUGCUGGCCGAGCUGGGCAGCGCGGCCGACGAGGCGGCGGCGCCGGGCGAGCCGGCCGCCGGCCUGACGCGCUGGCUCGUGCUGGCCGUGGCCGCCGUGUCGUGCCUCUUCGUGGCCUUCCUGCUGCUGCUGCUGGCGCUGCGCCUGCGCCGCUGGCACCGCCAGCAGCUGCUGCCGUCCGACAGCGGCGCCUUGCGCGGCGUGCCCGUGUCGCACUUCGUGGGCAUCGACGGCGUGCGCGCCUUCCUGCAGUCCUACUCGCACGACGUGUCGCUCACGGCCGACUCGCGCAAGAGCCAGCUGCGCUUCUCGGCCGCCAGCUGCUGCGACACCCUCCCGGCCCGGCCGCCGCCCGACGAGCCCGCGCCGCUGCUCGGGGACGAGGACCCGGCCGCCGCCCUGCCCGCGUCUUCUGCCCCUCCCUCGGUGAGUUUCUCUGAUCACUUUCGUCCGUGA